AUGUUGUCUUCUUCAUGGCUCUCAUCCCUUGAAUGUUCCCCCUCUAUCACUCAAUCUUCUGAUGGUUCAUCUUCUCUUUCAGUUGUACUACAGUGGUUAGGAUUCAUUUUUCUCUCUCCAUGUUCCCAAAGAUUACUCUUGUCAUCUGUUGAUCUUGUUUUCCUCUUCACCCUCAUAGUUUUUGGAGCCCAAAAGACUUGUUCUAGGUUUACCUCGAAGGGCAUUACCAGCUCCUCCAUUGAUAAACCUCUUCUUGUAACCGAAAAGUCUCACUUUAGAGUGAGCCUUUGGUUCUAUCUCUCUCUACUUAUUACAGCUCUAUUAGCCAUAUCUUAUACUGUUAUUUGCAUAUUAGCCUUCAGUGAAGGAGUCCAAUCACCAUGGGGGCUAAUAGAAGCUUUGUUCCGGUUGGUUCAGGCAAUAACUCAAGCGUCAAUUUUGGUUCUUAUUGCACAUGAGAGAAAAUAUGGAGCUGUUUCUCAUCCUAUGUCUCUUAGAAUAAAUUGGGUGGCUAAUUUUGUUAUUCUGUGUUUAUUCACUGCUGGGGCUAUAACCCGGUUGAUCAAUAUUGGAGGCGAUCUGAAUCCACAUAUAAGAAUGGAUGGUAUAUUUUUCUUGGCUAUUUUUCCAUUAUCUGCUUUUCUUUUCAUUGUUGGUGGUUGGGGGUCAUCUGGGAUUAGUAUGAUUAGAGAAUCUGAAUUUGGUACAGACUUGAGACCAGAACUAUCUGAACCCAUUUUGACAGAGUCUAAUGUGAGUGGCUAUGCAAACGCCUCUCUGUUGUCUAGAGGAGUAUGGUUUUGGAUGAAUCCAGUUCUAAGUAAGGGAUACAAAUCCACUCUAAAGAUGGAUGAAGUCCCCACACUGCCACCUGAUCAUAGAGCUGAGAGAAUGGCCAAGUGCUUUGAAUCAAAUUGGCCAAAGCCAGGGGAGAGUUCAAAGAACCUUGUACUAACCACAUUAAUCCGAUGUUUCUGGAAGGACAUUGCUUUCACUGGUUUCCUUGCCAUUCUUCGUUUGGCCGUUAGGUAUGUUGGUCCAGUCCUAAUCCUGAGUUUUAUAGAUUUCACAUCAGGGAAAAGCAGGAUGCUUAUUCGGUCCAGUGUCAUUACUGCCUUGUAUAAAAAGGGGCUGAGGUUGUCUUGUUCCUCCAAGCAGGCUCAUGGGGUUGGACAAAUUGUGAAUUAUAUGGCUGUUGAUGCCCAGCAGCUCUCUGACAUGCAGGUUCAUGCUCUUUGGACAAUGCCAUUACAAAUCGGAGUUGCGUUAGCCCUCUUAUAUGGAUAUAUGGGUGUUUCAAUGCUUACAGCAUUGGUUGCAGUUAUUGCAGUUUUAAUCUUCACUCUGGUCAGGACCCAAAGGAACAAUGUAUUACAGUACAAUGUGAUGAAAAAUCGUGAUUCGAGGAUGAAGGCAACAACUGAGAUGCUCAACAACAUGCGUGUGAUCAAGUUCUAA